CUUAAUGUUAAACUCUAAACGUGUGUAAAUUGAAAAGCGUUCAUUGUAAAACAUUUUAAAUACAUAUUUUAUCUCUAUCACAUUCAAGUCCGAUGCGAUGUUGCUUCCAGAAACGUCUUUUAAGUUACUGUUGUCGGUGUUUGGAAUAUAUACAUAUAUAUUACAAAGAUUGCAAAACAUGUAAUUAUAUUAGAUUAUGUGUGGAACCAUUCAUUUUCAGCAAUAACAGUAUAUUUAUAUACACAAAAACAAAAAAACUAACGUGUAAAACAUGACCUAAGUACUUUUUACAGAAACAUUAACGUAAAUCUUCUCUUUUCUAUUAUUGUGACUUCAUUUUAGGUUUAAAGCCUAUUAUUUUAAGCUUUUUCUUACUCCCAUUAAGGGGAAAUUAAGUCUUUACCCCAGCCUUCAGCCUACUAAUAUCUUUUUGGCAUGCACACAUGUAUUCCACAUUAAUUUAUACAAAAUAUGAGCAUGUAUGGCGUCAAUAUGGAAUCGAGUCGACCUCUAAAUAAUUUAGCGCCGCCUAACGUUCCUGGUGGGACACAGAUCAACAUUAGACUACAGCUCAAACUGGGACAGCACACAGUGGGCUCCAACAUCUGGGUCAAUUUAGAAGAAAAAUAUAAUAGGCCUAUGGGAAAAAAAAAAAAUAUCAGAAUGACUUAAAAAUAAAAAAUAAAAACUAAAUGUUGGGAGUAGUAACAAAAAGUGUGUACACCGAACAGUCGCUGUGUUUGUGUUGUUGUUAUAUUUGUCAUUAUUUUGAACAGGAGCAACAGGAGUCUCCAUGCUUUCUGAGACGGGGACAGUGUGAGUUUCAGUGAACGGAUCCUGUUACAAAGAUGCCAUCCUCCUGUGGUGCAACUGUGCAAAGCUCCAAGGAGAGAGAAGACUGAAGGGCGCAGUGCUCCCAUCUAAGGCUGAACCCACCAGGCGCUCCAGCAAGAUCAUGACGGCUAAAAUUGAUAAUCCUCCACCCUAUGAGGACGCGCUACACCAUCCUAAGUAUGUAAACUUCCCCCACCAGCCACAACAUGGCUCCCCUCUUCCACCACCUCCAUCUUACAGCCCCAGUCCUGGCAUUUACUCCGGCCCGCCUGGCUACUGGGGCCAGGAGGGUGUCUACCCGCAAGCCGGGAUGUGGGCAGCCCCUGGCUUCUCUCCAUCUGCGGUGCCCACCACAAUACCAACUCUGUCUGCCGGAGUGAAUCCAUCCAACCCAGGUUACGAGGGGAAUGAUACAGGACUUUACAGGGACAUGGAGGAUUUUCUAACAACCCAAUGGGAAAGCACAUCUAUUCGGCAUGCCUUCAUUAGAAAGGUUUACUUAAUUUUAGCAGCACAGCUUGCCGUCACCUUUUCAGUUGUUGCUGUCUUUACAUUUGUUGACCCAGUGAGGCUGUUUGUCAUCAGAUACCCUGGCAUCUACUGGGCAUCUUUAGUGGUUUAUUUUGUGGUGUACUGCAUCCUCCUCUGCUGCAAAGAGCCGAGGAGGCGUUUCCCAUGGAAUCUUGUGCUGCUGGGAGUAUUUACUCUCGCCUUGUCUUACAUGUCUGGAACAAUUUCGAGCUAUUAUGAAACAAAAGCAGUGUUUCUCGCCAUGGGAAUAACAGCAGUAGUUUGUAUAGCUGUCACAAUCUUCUGCUUCCAAACCAAGGUGGACUUCACCUCCUGCGGGGGAUUUCUCUGCAUUGCUGCCGUUUUGCUCAUGAUCAUUGGGAUUGUUACAGCCGUCGUCCUCUCCUUCCAAUACGUCCCUUGGCUGCAUAUGCUCUACGCUGCAAUUGGAGCCAUCAUUUACACUCUGUUUUUAGUAUACAACACCCAGCUUCUUAUUGGAAAUCGGGAGCUGGCCAUCAGCCCAGAGGAGUACAUCUACGGAGCUCUCUCUCUCUACAUUGAUAUUGUUCAAAUCUUCCUCUUCAUCCUUCAAAUCAGUGGAUCCGCUACUGAAUAAGCGCACGGUUCCCCAAAAAUAGAUAUUCCUUACCAAUGCCUCCACCGCCAUGUGGGGGAGCUCCAUACCGGAAGGAGUCGAUGUACGCCUUGAUCUUCUCCAGAUCUGUAGUAUCAGAAAAAUAAAUGAAUUCAGUUGUGAAAAACUU